AUGCCAUCGGUAGGCAACGGGCACGUAGCCACGAACGUGUUCAGCGACACCGUGUACAUGAACGGCUUGUACAACGGACGCGGCGGCCGAAGUCACCGCGCCCGCAUACCCGCCUACGCCAACGUCCGCCUCAACUCCACUCUGACGCAUCAUCCGUUCAAGCCCGUGUACAGCUUGGACACGAGAGACGCCGUGUUCAAAGUGAGAGUAGACAGGGACAGAUCGAUAGUCACUCAGAGGAUUUACGCCCACAAAUUCUACACGAGGACUAUCGUGAACCAGAUUCAAGUCGUCGCAAAGCCGCACGCAGAUCCAAAUUUCAUUCACCACGAGAUUUGGAUAGCAGUGAAGCUGUUGCCGGGAGCGGAGAGCGAGGACGUAGCGUUCGAGAGCCCGGUGCCGGAGAUAGUGGACGGGCGCACGGUGUGGAGCGCGUGCGGGCGGACCGUGGAGGUGGAGGCGGCGGCGCUGCAGCCGGAGCCGAGCGCGGCGUGCGCGUGCUGGACCGGCGUGCCCGACCACCUGGUGGUGCCGCAGCACGGCGCGCGCGUCGUCACCUUCGCGAUGACCCUCGAUACCGACAGGACGGUGGCCAGGCGCGAGCUGCUGCAAGUUUUGCAGGAGGACGGCGAAGAGUUAUUCAGGAAACACGUGGAGCCUUGGCAUCGACUGUAUUACAGCGCCGGAAUCGAUAUAGAAGGAGAUCUGCAGCUCUCUAAGGUGACGAACGCUAUCUGGUACUACUUGCUGAGCUCGUUGCCCUCGGAAGAAUCGUAUCAACCUCUAAACAAAUUUUACGGGCUAAGUCCAGAGGUGACGCCGAGUAGGGAGGUGGCCGAAUACGAGCAACACAUCACAGGCUGCAUCUCCUUCGCCAUUAGGCAAUACCUCGCCGCCACCAGAGAUGAAGAUUUUCUUAAGCACGGUGGCUGCUCUAUCGUCACGAACAUUGCCGAUUUUUGGGCGUCGCGCGCCACCAUCAACUAUACCACUGGACUGUACGAUAUAUCGAAUGUGAUGGGUCCGGACGAAGAUCACGGCAACGUCACCAACUCUAUCUUCACCAACGUGGUCGCCGGCUACUCCUUAUAUUUGGCCGAAUACGUGUCCUGCCUGUGCGCGGCGUACUACCGCGCGCGGUCGGGUGCGGGGGAGGGGGAGGGGGAGGGGGGCCCGCGGUGGGCGGACGUGGCGUGGAGCCUGGCGCUGCCGUACGACGCGGCGCUGGACUACCAUCCGCAGUACGACGGGUACCGGCGCGGUGACGUCAUCAAGCAGGCCGACGCCGUGUUGCUCGCCUACCCACUGCUCUAUCCCAUGAACAGGAGCACGAUGUCCAACGACCUGUCGUACUACGAGUCGGUGACGCGGCCCACCGGCCCGGCCAUGACGUGGAGCAUGCACGCCGUCGCGCACCUGCGGCUGGGCGACGAGCAUCGGGCCGCCGAACUGUUCCACAGGAGCUACCGAGACUACGUCAGGGAGCCGUUCAAGGUGUGGAGCGAGGGCAGCGGCGCGGAUGUGGGCGCGGUGAACUUCCUGACGGGCGCGGCGGGCGCGCUGCAGGCGCUGGGCGCGGGGUACGCGGGCGCGGCCCUGCGCCUCCGCGGCCUGCAACUCGCGCGCGCGCGCCUGCCGCCCGCCGCCACCGCGCUCACGCUCAGAGGUAUAAAGUACCUUGGAGCCAAUCUGACAUUGGAAAUAAAAGAGAAGAGCACGACGCUCCGAGUGAACUCCGUGAAUGGCGACGUGCCUUUGACGCUGUUCGACGGUCAGUACAACGUCACCCUCGUGCCGAAUAUGACAGUGAGUCUAUCGGGCGAGGGUCCGUUCACAAUAAGCGCGUCUCCGUGGAAGGAGUGCAAGCUGCCGAGUGACGUCAUCGGUCACAACUACCUGCGCCCGGAUGACACGUGA